AUGUUUACAAGAAUCGUUGCCAUUAUUUUUGUUGCUAUUUUCGGUAUCCUUCUCGCUGGUGGGUCCGUCAUAAAGCCCAAGCCGGGGAUACGAUUUCUUGAGCCAAUUUUGAAGUGUUACGGAGAUGGGCAAAACGGUAAUAUGGGUCGCCCCCAAUCGGAUGACGAAAUCAUAAAAACGGUCUGCCAGGAUAUGAAGGUAGGUACAGCGGUUACUACCAUUUACGUUGGGCCCCAAGCCUCUGUUUCAAAGCGAGGCUAAGUUGCCAAACUAUUGAUGUAAAAAUGAUUGUUCAUUCUCAUUCAAAUAAGACUCAUUUUUAAAAGAAACGUUCGGCACUUUCCCUGCGAGCACUAACAAGUGAAACUGACCAGAAAAAUCGUCACAAUGAUCACAGCUUUCAAAACAUGAACUAUCUCACUUAAAUCGAUGUACUGCACUUGUGGGAAUUCAACACUCAACAUCGCAGAGAUAAGUUAAUCAUGAUUUUUUUUAUACAUUAUCUAGCUGCCUGAAAUGAUGACUGCAGCAGAUUUUGGGGCAGAGUAAAAGCAAAAUAUUUAAUUUGUUGGUUAAUUAUUAACGAACCCAGUCUAACCUUCAUAUAGCAUAUAGGGGACACUUAACCAAGUCUCGAAGGUGUCCCCUGAAUAGAGGUACCACAGUAGCUAACAAAAAGCGUAUUCAAUUUUGCUUUCGGAUUGAUGAUAUGAAGAUUUUGGGAGAUAUCGAGGACCUUAUUCACCUCAGCCGGUAACACUAUCUUCGAUCAGCAAGUACAACUUCGUAUUAUCAUCCUAUCUAACCCAACAAUUGUUAAAAACUUUCCACUGGAAACCACCCGAAAAUUUGACCAUCAAGCUUAGAUCAGAUAUCUACUGCCAAGUUACUACAGAAGUGCAAAGCUUUUGUUUCGACUUCUUGCAGACGCCAUUAAGGCAGAACCAGCCCCUGUCCCUAAGGUUUUCAACUUCUUUGCCCUGACUGCAUACCAGACAAGCUAUCUUUAUAAGCGAUCAAAUCUGUGUCCAAAACUAUCUUAUGGACGUGUAAAGAAAAUUACAGAGGACUCGGGUGAGUAG